CGAUAGGUUUCAUCAAUUUAUUCUAGAAAGGUUAAACAGUUAUUCUUUUCCAGAACGUAGUACACAAUAACAGUUAAUCCAGAUGAGUAACUAAAUAUCUAUUGUUAUGUGAUGCAUAUGCUCAUAAGCAAAAGGCAGAUUUCAGAAUGUCUGAUAGACAAGGAGCCAAACCCAAGCGAAGGAGAAGUAGUUCAUUGUCUAGAAAGAGCAGGACUGUGCAGAAGAGUAAAAGACGUCGUUCAUCUUCAGGUGAAGAAGGACCUGUGAAGAAAAAGCCCGCAAAAGGGAAAGGAAGUAAAAGGCUUGUAGGUGGUCAUAUGUCUAUAGCAGGUGGUAUUUGGAAAGCAGUUCAUGAUUCUGUGACAGUGGGAGGCACUGCAUUUGCCAUGUUCCUUGGCUCUCAGCGAACAUGGAAAAGCAAACCCAUUGAUGAAAGGGCAGCAGAAAGGUUCCGCCAAGCCUGUGUUGAAUAUGGAUUUCAUCCCAGUGUGAUCCUGCCACAUGGCUCCUAUCUAAUGAAUUGUGGUUCUCCUAGGAGGGAUAUUUUUGAAAAAAGCAGAUCAAUGCUGAUUGAUGAGCUGCGACGCUGUGAACAACUUGGCCUGACUAUGUUUAACUUUCACCCUGGAUCAACUCUGAAUGAAAUCAGUGUGGAGGAGUGUCUUGAAAGAAUAGCAGACUCAAUUAACUAUGCCCACCAGCACACCAAUAAGGUCAUGACUGUAAUUGAAAAUAUGUGCUGUCAAGGAAACACAGUUGGGGGAAGAUUUUCAGAAAUAAAAGGAAUUAUUAAAUUGGUGAGAAACAAAAAGAGGAUUGGGGUCUGUUUAGAUACAUGCCAUGCAUUUGCAGCAGGGUAUGACCUAUCGGCAAGGGGUGGAGUGAAGAAAAUGCUAGAUGAGUUUGAUGCACAAGUUGGCAUGAAGUACCUCGUGGCCAUUCAUCUAAAUGACUCUAAAGGAAUGUUGGAGUGUCACAAAGACCGCCACGAGAACAUUGGUUAUGGACAUAUUGGCUUAGAUGGGUUCCGUCAGAUUAUGAAUGAGCCCCGUUUACGCAAAAUUCCAAUGAUUCUCGAGACACCCCACAGGCCCAACUUUGAUUAUGAAAAGGAGAUUCAACUACUGCGUUCUCUUUGUAACUGAAGCACACAGCUUGGACUGUUUCUUGGACAGAAGUUGAAACGUGAACUGGCUAGUUUCAGUUCUGCCCCUAAAACCGUGGUGGCAUCAGUUUUCUUUCACUACACCACACAAGGUACCAAAGAAGUAGUAUUUUUCAACUUUUUGCUCAGUAAGUAUUAUUUUGGUGCCACUCCUAAGUAGUGGUGGGGUACCUGGACAAUUUUAUUGUGAACACACCUGUAUGGUAAGAUAUUUUACUUUCUGCCUUUUUGGAAACACUGAUUCUCUAGAGGAAAGAAAACUACUAACUGAAUGAAAAUAAAGCAGAAAACAUAUUGCUAACAAGAGAAUCAUUCCUGUCUUUAGAAUAUUUAACGAAAAAAUUUGAACAUUGUAAUAUGGAAUUCAUGCAAGUUCAAAAAGGUAACAUGGCUGCACCUUGCAAAUAUUUGGCUUUGCUAAAGUCUGGUGGUUUUUUUUUUUUAUUAUUGU